AUGGCACGCCAGCUGCGACCCGAAGACUACACAGUAGGAUGGGUGUGUGCACUGCCUGUCGAGAUGGUGGCGGCGCAGGAGAUGCUUGACGAGGAGCAUGCUGGCCUGGAGCACAACCUACUAUCUGACAAUGACAAGAAUCUGUACACGCUAGGCUCUGUCGGCGGUCACAACGUCGCCAUUGUAUGCCUGCCUGCCGGUCGGAUCGGCAAUAACUCAGCAGCCGUAGCGGCAACUCGAAUGCAAGCAACGUUUAAAAACAUUCAGUUUGGGUUGAUGGUCGGCAUUGGUGGCGGCGUUCCGAGUUCUGAAGCAGACGUUCGGUUAGGUGACGUUGUUGUCAGCCAGCCCCACGGGAAUCUUGCUGGUGUAGUACAGUAUGAUAUGGGGAAAACAAAACCAGGCGGCUUUGAACGAACGGGAUCAAUGGAUGCACCACUGGAGGUGCUGUUAGCAGCUGUCGCGCGCGUAAAGGCGAACGACCUGCGUGGCAGAAGCAAGCUGUCUGAACAUAUCUCCAAGCUGGAAAGCAUGACCAAGUUACGACGCAGCAACGCAGGGAUUGAUGUACUUUUUGAAGCAACAUACGACCAUGUUGCAGGGCCGACAUGCGAUAGUGCUGCUGAACGAGACAGAGUCAGUGUUAGGCUCGGCAAAGUACUGUGUUUUGAGAUGGAAGCAGCAGGGCUACUAAAUAGCUUUCGCUGUCUCGUUAUACGCGGUAUCUGCGACUACGCAGACUCACAUAAAAACAAGCUGUGGCAGCCGUACGCAGCCGGGACUGCGGCCGCAUAUGCGAAAGAAGUUUUGUUAGCGGUACCGCCGGCAGAGCUGUCCAAGCUAAAUAUGGUGGAAAAAGUCGUGAGAGAGACAAGUGGAAACGUACCCAAACCUAACUACCACAUACCCUUUCUUAUCAAUCGACGCUUUGUUGGACGAAAAACAGAGCUUCACCUCUUGCAGAAAAGGCUAAUGAUGGACCAGGACUGCCAGGAGCUGUCCAUUAUGGGGCUUGGUGGGACAGGCAAGACACAGUUGGCGUUGCAAUUUGCAUACAGCGUGAGAGACCAAUGGCCAGAUUAUUCAAUCUUUUGGGUGCCUGUCCUGAGCAUGGAGACUUUUGAGCAGGCAUGUGUAAGCAUCGUAAAAAAUUUGGGUAUACCGCAAGUGGCGGACGACAAAGAAGACAUUAAAGAGCGAGUGAAACAAUGGUUGAGCUCAAGUCGAGCAGGGCGGUGGCUGAUGGUGGUGGACAACGCUGACGACCCUAGUACCUUGUUCGAAACAGCAGAGUCACAGGGCAUCGUUGACUAUCUACCAAAGAGCGAGAACGGUAUCAUACUGUACACAACACGCACGAUGGAGGUAGCGAUAUCGUUAACACAGUACGAUGUUCUGGAGCUGGAGGCCAUGGAUCGUCAGGACGCGAUCGAGUUUUUCUCCAGCUCAAUAAUCAGGAAAGAGCUACUCUGUGACCACACGGCGAGAGACGAGCUACUAGAAGAGCUAACACGGCUACCGCUGGCCAUCGCGCAGGCGGCUGCGUAUCUGAACAUGAAUCGCAUGACAAUCAAAAAAUAUCUUGGAUUACUGCACAAUACUGAAAAAGAUCUUAUCGGUCUACUAAGCAGAGACUUUCGUGACAACACGCGAUACAAAGGCUCAGUGAACGCAGUGGCGACUACGUGGGUGGUGUCGUUCAGCCAGUUACGCGAGCGCGAUACAUUUGCGGCAGGUUUGCUUGAGUUUAUAUCCUUUAUAGAGUGGAAGGCCGUACCACGGUCCUUGCGGCCAAAGAAAGAUUCUGAAGAGGAGAUGGAGAGAGCCAUUGGCACGCUGUGCGGAUACUCCUUUCUAGUAAGACGCAAUAGUAACAGUCAAGGCACACAGGAAGAGAGCGAAGAACAUACAGAGACAAAGGAGGAAGAGUGGUACGACAUCCACCGACUUGUGCACCUAGCGACACGGACCUGGGUCAAGAAGAACGGCGAUGCAAACAAGGUAGUGGAAGGUGCAAUCCGGCAUGUUGCACAUGUCUUUCCGGAAGGAAAAUACCAGAACCGGGCCUUGCUUAACGGCAGGCAGCACGGCAAUAUAGAGGACCUUUCUGAGCUGUUUCUACGAAUGGGGGUGUGUCUGCGAAUAGAUGGCAGGUAUCGGGAGGCGUUGGCAUGGCUGGAAAAGUCAUGUCAACAGAGAGUUCACCUUAGUGAGGAUGACCCAGACCGCCUAUACUCACAGUACAACCUCGCGCACGCCCUCGCACAGUUGUACCUUUUAGACGGACAAGAACAAAGAGCAGUGCCGCUCCUGGAACACAUCGUGAGCGUGGACGAUAAGACGCUGGAGCCAGAGCAUCCGCAUCGAAUGACAUCGCAGCACAUGCUCGCGGUAGCAUACUAUAAGCUUGGGCAGGUACACAGGGCAGUGGCACUACUGGAGAGUGUUGUCGCUGUUGAAGCUCACAAGCUGCGAGAUGAUCAUCCUUCGCGGCAGAACUCGGUCAAGUGGUUGAAUUUUAUGCUUGCAGAGCUGGAUGCGAACAAGGAUGAAACAUCAAAUCCAUCUGGUGAGGGAGAUCAUGGCGAUAAUUCCAGUGAAUAG